AUGUCCCCUCUUCCUUCCCGUCGCCCUUGCGUUAUCCCUUCCUCCCCUCGCCUUCAAUGUCCCCCCUUUCCUUCCCGUCGCCCUCACUAUCUCCCUUCCCUCACGUUGCAUUUUCCUUCCCGUCGCCCUCGCGAUAUCCCUUCCCCCUCCCCCCCCUUCGUCGCCUUUCUUCUCUCCCCGCCCAUUACACACCUCGUCGCCUACGCUCUUUCUCUGAAACACCCUCCCCGCGCCCUUUGUCCCCCCCCUGCCAUCACUUUUCUCGUCGCCUUCGCGCUCUCCCUCCCGUCGCCCUUCAUCGCGCUCACGUUCCUCCCUCCCCUCGCAAUCACGCUCACGUGCACCUGUCUUCGCAUCGCCUCCGCGCUCAAGGUCUCCCCUCCCAUCGCACUCGCUAUCUCCUCCCCUUUUCUCGUCGCGCUCGCUAUCUCCCCCCCUCUCCCCGUCGCGCUCGCUAUCUCCCCCCCUUUUCUCGUCGCGCUCGCUAUCUCCCCCCCUCUCCACGUCGCGCUCGCUAUCUCUCUCGCGAACUCGUAUCGAUCCCCCAUUUCCAUCCCCCCUCCCUUCUCAUCGCCCACACGAUCUCACUUCCCAUUCCCUCACGAUCUCACUUCCCAUUCCCUCACGAUCUCUCUCAUGGAAGACGAGGCUUCCCUUCCCUUCGUGAUCGUCAGCUCUCAUCCCCUUCCUGUCGCCUCACUUUCUCCCAUCCCCUUCCGUCGCCCUCACCUUCUCCCGUACCUUCCCGUCUUCCUGUCUCUCGCUGCCCUUUCCUUCAGCGCAGCAGUGAAGGGCGCUGGUUUUAUCUCCCUCAGUCGUUUGGCAGCAGCACCUUCCGCCGUCCCUCCCCGCGGCCUUGGGGUUACCGCGCUCUUCGGCUUCAACAAAGCCGCCGCCCCCGCUAAGAACGCUCCCGUUAAGAAGCAAUCACGCACCGAAGACGGUAUCUUUGGCACAUCCGGAGGCUUCGGCUUCACAAAAGCUAACGAGCUCUUCGUGGGGCGCGUGGCGAUGCUCGGAUUCGCCGCGUCGCUGCUCGGCGAAGCGGUAACCGGGCAGGGAAUCCUUUCGCAACUCAACCUCGAAACCGGAAUCCCCAUCACGGAGGCCGAGCCGCUGCUCCUAUUCUUCAUCGCAUUCACCGUGCUCGGCGCGAUUGGCGGUCUGGGCGACCGCGGGCGCUUCGUGGACGACGAGGCGCCUGCGGGUCCGCCGGUGAAGCCGGGGAGUUUCAAGGCGGCGCUAGGGUUGAGCGAGGACGGGCCGCUGUUCGGGUUUACUAAGGCGAAUGAGCUAUUCGUAGGGCGCAUGGCGCAACUAGGGUUUGCGGCGAGCUUGGUGGGUGAGGUGAUUACCGGGAGAGGCGCGCUGGCGCAGCUAAAUAUCGAGACUGGUUUGCCUGUUUGGGAGGUGGAGCCGCUGCUUCUCGCCAGUAUCGCGUUCUUCUUUAUCGCGGCUAUCAACCCCGGUACAGGGAAGUUCAUUAAUGACGACGAGUAG